GCAGAAUUCCACCGACAUCGUCGCCAUGUUGCUCCGACGCGUGAUGGGGCCGGCGGCCACAGCAUGGAGCCGCCGUCAUUUCUCGGACUUUCUUCCCGACCUGAUCAUUACCAAAGCGACAUCUAACCAACUGAAUGCACUGAAUCGAACGGCGGCAACAAAGCAGCACUUGCGGGUUGCCGUGGAAGGCGGAGGAUGUUCCGGGUUUCAAUAUGUGAUCACACUGGAAGACACACCGCUUGAGGAAGACGACCGCGUGUUUGAGAAGGAUGGCGCUGCCGUCGUUGUCGACCCGACGUCGAUGGACUUGCUCAAAGGAAGCACCGUGGAUUUCGCGCAAGAGUUGAUUCGGAGCUCGUUCACGGUGAUCAACAACCCGAACGCCGUCAGUGGCUGUGGCUGUGGUAGCUCGUUUGAAAUGAAAGAGUAAUGGCGAAAUCACAUGUAAACAGUACCAUCCUAACUCCUGCGGCGGCACUAGUUCUU